AUGGACGAAGAACUGGAUGAAGUCUUUUCAGCCGAAAUGGACGAGGAGUUUGGAAGGAAUUUGCCUGGAUCAGAGCAGCCUGACAUCACGCAAAAUCAGGACCCCUUUUUCUCAAACCGCUUUGAUAUUGUGGUCCCUGAAGAUGAUGGGAAGAAAGAUAAUUGCUGCGUGAAUUACCUAAAAAAGUUUUGGGCUACACGAAAUAAGAAGAUACUUCAAGAUAAAGAGACAAUAAUCAGGACUACUGUGCAAGAACUACUAAUAUAUGCGGGUUUUAUAACCAUCAUCUUAACAAAGCGCAUGGGUGGCCUCACGCAUCGUAUUGCUGCCAAAUUAGAGCAGAGUUACUCAGGAUGCCCAAAUUGGGCGGUUCCUGUCUUUUUCGUACGAACUUACUUCGGUAACAAGGAGCUUUACAUACAUCUCCUGAUCCUUCUCCACCGUUAUGGCAAAGCUCCCGUCAAACGUGUUGACCCCGUAAUCCCUUUAAAGGCGACCCAAACGCCACGAUAUUUUGCUUUGCUGCCGACUGCCUAUCUGCAAACCUACUUCUUCACGGAUGUCGUACAGCAAUUCGCUUUUCCGCUUGAAUCUUCUGAUAAGGAAACCUUUACCAAAAUCCAUGAUCGGCCUGCUAUGUGGAAUUUCAUCCUCUCGGAUUUCCUGAACUCACUUUACAAGGAGAAUGCGGAAAAUCGUCUGGUUGGGCGUCCACGUAUUCGACAGGUUCGAGUUUCCAGCAUCGACUGCCAAUUACCCAGACGUGUUCCUGAUCAUCUGCGCCACUGCUUUCCCACCUUCAGCGCCGAACUUGAAAAUCGCGAUCCCAUUGUGCCCACCAUCAAUAAGAGUGUCGUUUUAAGUAAACCUGCAUGGCGUUGGCGAAGUGCGUCGGAGUCUGGAAUUGAUAGUGUCCCUGGUACCAUCGCCACCUAUACGGGCUCAGGGUACUAUCUGGACCUCGGCCUGACCCGCCAAGUGACCUCGGAAAUGCUGACAGAACUCCACACCAACCUAUGGACUGGCGAGUCCACUCGAGCUGUUAUCAUUGACUUUACCCUCUACAACGCCAACCUCAACUUCUUCAGUGUCGUACAACUCUUAUUUGAGACGCCCUACACAGGAGGCGUGAUCGGAUCAGUGGAUAUUCAUCCUCUCUACCUAAUUCACCGGCACUCCCUCUCUGAAUAUGUCGUUUUUGUUUGCGAAAUCAUUUCCCUCGUAUUUGUGGCCUACUACAUUAUUUUCAAGAUGGGUCUAUCCUACUUCCGUGGCUUUUGGCAUCUCGUCGAUUUUUUGGUCAUUUCACUGUGUGUUGCUUGUGUCGGACUCAACAUCUACAACCGCUCCUUGGUCAUGGGUAUACUGAGGCAAGGGAUUUCUUCCCUUGAUGUCUACCCCGAAUUCGUACAUAUUGCACAUAUGGCAUUGCAGUACAAACGUCUACUUGCAUUGCUUGUCUUCUUCUCACUGAUUCAGGUCAAUAAAAUGACUUUUAUUUUAAAAAAUGAAUUCCCUUUAUGGAAAGUAAUAUCAAACUUUUCACUCCUCAUUUUUUUACCAACUAUCCCGUCCUCGGGUUCUUCUAUGCUUAUUAUCCCAUUGCAGAUCUUUAAGUUCAUCAGUUUCAGUGAAACGAUGGGGCAGCUGACAGCGACAAUCAACUACGCUUUAUACGAUAUGAUUGGAUUCACCGUUAUGUUUGGAAUUAUCUUUGCCGCUUUUGUGCAAGCUGGAACCCUCAUGUUUGGCUCCACCAGUUCGGAAUUUAAGUCUUUCGAUCUCUCAGCGUUCGCGUUGUACCGUAUCAUUCUCGGCGACUUUGAUAUGGAUGCUAUCAAAGCUACACACAUACUCCUCGGACCUCUUUACUUCUUAGUUUACGUUUUCUUUGUCUUUUUUGUUCUUCUCAACAUGUUCUUAGCCAUAAUCGGGGAGGCCUAUGCAAAGGUCAAGGAGAAUAUGGCAAAACGCAAAAAUGACUUCAAGUUUAUCGCCUAUAUUCGCCACAAUACAAAGGAAUUCUUCGCAAGGUUCUCAAAACGCCGAAGAAUGCCUCUAGAUAAAGUUCUCGAAUCCGCAGUUGAUGAUCAAAUGGAACUCUCUUUCAAUGCUUGGAGACGUGCGAUGAAGGCCGCCGGCUACUCCGAGAUGGAAGCAAACUUCCUCUUCCACAAGUACGACAAGGAUGGGGACAACAUGUUGGAUUUUGUUGAACGCCGUCGAAUGCGGGAAGAAAUGUUUUUGGGUAUUGCAUUCCAACCUGCUGACUCCGAUGAUGAGGAUAACAGAAUGAAAAGCUCCGAAAAAACACAGCAGAGGCCUAACAAGGACCUGUUUGCUGAACUUGAGGACUGUGAGGAGCUGACCGAACGCAUAGCAGACGUGGAGGGAAACGUCAACGCAGUGGUGAAACAGAUCUGCUUCAUUUUGGACAAACUGCAAAGCGCUGAGCGCCAUAGAAGAGAGAACGAACACAUCCUCAUGAAGAGCAUCCUCUAG